GGCUGUGACUUGGAUCCUGUCAUUGGAGACACAGAAGAAGAGAAGCUACUCCAAGAAUAACCUCAUUAAACUUAAACAUACUUUGUAUAAUGCGAAUAUGGCGGCUAAUCGCAAGAGCCUGUUCAUAUUCCUCAUGGGUCUCGCAUGGAAGUGUAGACUCAGCAUGCCGCUGUUGUUGAGCGGUACCGUCGCCAUCCUGGGCCGCGCUUGGAUGUUCCAGAUACAAGUGCGUACCGUCCAGAGACUGCACGAGACUGAGCUCGCGUAUUACGACGAUGAUGAAGAGCCGGAGGAUGACGAGGGUUCCUGGGAAACUGAGUCCACCGACUCUUGGGAAACCAUCGUGGAAGAAGUCGCAUAUGGGUAAUAUCGAGUUUUUUUGACGGAAAAACUAAAAUGGAUACCAAACCAUAUACUAUGUAUACAAUUUUAUUAUCAUACAAUGUAUAAAAUAUAUCUUUACAGUGUGUCGACAAGAAAUUUAAAUUGUGAAAAUUACUAUAUGUCGUUCAGAAUCGCAGACAGAUUCACGUUUAUAAUAUGGAAAAAAUAUAUAAAGUGUUUUAUAGAGAACAUUCUUGAUUAAAAUGUAGUGAUUAUUUGCUCAAUAUCAGGUCAGGUAUAUAUACUUGAUCUUGGUAUUAGUUACUCUAUGAAUUUUUUAAUAUUAAAAGCAUACUGUUAGAAGUUUGGCUUAUUCAAAUUUAAGUUACUUAUUUAGUGCUUAAUUAUAUACAUAUAUCUACGAGUAAGUACCUAUGAAAUUCCUUCCAUAGUGAAAAUAUAUCGUUUUUUUUUAUUAAAUAAGGCAAAUGCAUAAAUGUAUAAUUUUCAUAUGUGACCUAUUAAUCCUAUCUGUAUAGGAUAAACAUAGAUUUAUAAACAUUUUUGAGCC